GGCAGCGGUCGGCCUGGCCUGGAUCUGGCGGAGUGUGUGUGCCGUGUGCCCCAAGUGUGCCCUGUGUUCGUCCGGAGUUUAACUGCGAAAAUCACGUUUUCAUAUGGCUUGUCGAGUUUAAGUAUUUGCGGAAACGAGGAUUAAAUUGGCAGUGAUUGACGGGUGAAAACAGGGGUACAAAAUGACCAGUGAAACGGGUGGUACGAGUAACGUAGAAACGGAAUAUUUGGAGAUCAACUCCAAAGAGGCCUGGCCAGUUCUCUAUCAGCACAUACGUAACGAAUGCGGAAACUAUGCCUAUACUUGCAAUGAAUCUAAAAAACCACAACACAGAGUAUUCAACCGCUACAGAGAUGUUGCGCCUUACGAUCAUACUAGGAUUGUGCUCAAAAAAGGUCCUUGCGACUACAUCAAUGCCAACCUUGUACAGAUGGAAAGGGCCCAUCGGCAAUAUAUUUUGACACAAGGACCUUUGUCAAAUACUGCCGGGCACUUCUGGCUAAUGGUAUGGGAACAGAAUUCUAAGGCUGUGCUGAUGUUGAACAAAGUUAUUGAGAAGAGUCAAGUUAAAUGUUAUCAGUAUUGGCCUCUGGAAGGAUCUUCCAACCACACUAUGAUGUUCCCAGAUGUUGGAUUAAAAGUAGAAUACAUUAGCAAAACCGAUGCAUCCCAUUACACGACCAGAAUACUAAGACUGACAGACGUAGAGUCAAAGGAAAGUAGAGAAAUAUUGCAUUUCCAUUACACAAUGUGGCCGGAUUUUGGUGUGCCGCAGAGCCCUACAGCCUUUUUACAAUUCCUUGCCGAUGUUAGGCAGUCAGGAGCUUUGGACCAAAACGUUGGUCCGCCUGUAAUCCAUUGUUCCGCAGGCAUCGGUCGAUCGGGGACGUUUUGUUUGGUUGAUUCAUGCCUAGUACUGAUAGAGGAAAAUGGUCUAAACUCAGUGAAUGUUCGAGAUGUAUUGUUAGAAAUGAGACGGUAUCGGAUGGGUUUAAUUCAAACCCCGGAUCAACUACGUUUCUCCUAUGAAGCAAUAAUAGAAGGGGCCAAGCAGUUGCCGUCCAACAACGUGAACAUUGGUACAAAUGAGAUACUGAACAAUCGCUACGAUCUUGUCAACAACAUAAGCGAUUCGUUAGUGGAAGAAGUGGAAGAAGAGGAAGAUGAAGAUGACACGCCUCCACAGCCACCACCAAGAGGCGAGUCACUGAUGAUGUCAGACUGGAAUCCUAGUCCAUCUAGCGAAAAUGCCGAGGACGUGAGCGGGCCACCGGAUAAGCCAUUGCCCAGUGAACCUCCUACUUACACAGAACCUAGUACGAGCCCUCCGCCAGCCAAUUUCACUUCGGUUGAAAAUAAUCUACACGACCAAAAUAACGACAACGUGGCUCUGCCCGAGGAACCACAAAGUGACUUGGAUAAUUGUUUCAAAGCAACUAGUCCAUCGUCUAAUCCAGAUACAAAAAAUCAACUACGGCAGCGUAACUUGGAGAAGAAAGAGAGACUGGCUGCUCAGGUGCGAGAGAUGAAACGGCGGCAGAAGCAAACGGAAGAAUGGCAGCAGCUCAAGAGGUCACUAUUUAAGCCCCUUUCAAUAGGCAUAGGUGCAGCGAUUGUUGGUGGGGGUGUUAUCGCGUUUUGUGGGUACUUAUACCUUCGCGGCUAGUAAACCCAAUUUGAAUAAAAGAGGUAAAGCGCGAUCAGAAUUAUUGGUCAUCGAAUAAAAUCGAAGGCAAGUGUGUUUCGGGUGAAAUAAUCUACCGCGAACUAAUUCGAAAUACAUACCUACUUAUAUCAUCAUACUCGGCGUAAAAUAUUCGAUAGUAGUAGUUUAAUACAGAAGUACGGCAUUGGAGGUGACGCGACAGGGGGAGUGGGUUCUUAUAACGAUCUACUCUAAAAUCUGUUCGAUGAAAUUCAAAGUAUCGUUUACGCGGAGUUAUAUCGACUCGGUGUAUAAAACGCAAAACGUUACUUACGGGGCGUUCGCGGAACUCGAAUUUCUUGUAAGCGUUAUUCUAUAGUAAUUCAAUCGAUUAAAUAUAGGCACCAUCUGUGAUGUGUGAGCUAAUAAAAUGUCAAACCUGGGAGGCAUACUUUGCCACUCUUAAGCAACAGAGGAAUGAUGUAGUCUGGAUUUUGAAAAAAAAAAACUUGCCCACGACUAAUCAGCCCCUUGUUCGUAACAAAUAUAAGAUUUAAGCAUUUAGAGAGUCUUACAUCAAGCUUUACGUAGAAAUAAUUUUAUACAACUAGGUAUCCAGAUCUAAUUACUCGAUUACCACUGACACCAUACUGACCCAAGAUUCAAACGUUCCCAAAAAAGAAAACAUAAACAGAAAGAAAAGAAGAAAGAAAUCAAAUGAUCGGUCGUUUUUAUCGUCGAUAAAUAUUAUCCGUUGAAAAAAAAGUUACAGAGGACGAAAUUGACUGACUCGGUAAAACACGAAAUGGUAUGAUGUCGCGAGACUGAUGAACCCCAGAAAAAAGAUGAAACCUUUGUAUUUGUAUUUUUAUAUUGUGAUUCACCCAAGUUUAUAGAAAAAAUAUCAAUGCAAGAAUCUUUUAACGAUCCAUCAGCGAUUAGGUUGCUCUGAUAGCGUGAGAACGCGAUCCUUUUUGAUCAUUUUUACUCUACGAGUUAAAGAAAGACGAUGAGAAAAAAACAGAGCUAGGAGGAUACGGCGGCAGAGAGUAUUUGACUAUUGAUCACGCAGAGAAAUCAUUGCAAAUGAUAUCUAGUGGUACCGUCAAGAAAAAAGAAAUGUACUUCACAAAUUGAAAUAAUGCGUUGCUCAGCAAUAAAAAUUCUUAAAAUUGAAUCGAUGUAGUGCAACUUAUGGGAGUUCUGCAAGCACAUUUGAAAAAAAAAAGAUGCACUAAGAAAAUCGAUGAAUAGCAGUGAAUUGUUCUGAAAACUUUACAAUUUUCAAUCUUCAAAUGAAAUUUAAAAAUAAAAAAUGAGUAAAUUAUUUAAAAAAAAAAAAAAAAAAAUCCGGGUAGUAAACAUAAAAUUGAAAAUUAAAAUUAAAAAGAAGAACUAAUUUUUCGAACAUGUUGUAACUGCGUGUCCUCAGGGUGUUUUGUAUAGCAACUUGUCGUGUGGCCUUCAAGCACAUACAGCAAAAAUGUUCGUAGAAAACGAACUGUAGAAUUAAAAAAAAAAAAAAAAAAAAAAAAAAUCCAGUACGAUUGCGUCUGAUUUCUAUUUUGUAAGGGUGAACUGGUAAUUCUUGUUCUACCGAUUAUCUCUUAAGUAAUAUAACUAUUGAUGAUUGUUUAUUGGGCAAGUUUGACAGUAAUGAUUUAAAUGAUUUGGACGUUGACUGAACAUUCCUGAAUUUGAAAUUACUUUAAAUAUCAGUCCAAUUAGACAGGCUUGUCUAUGUUUGAAGAAAAAUACGAGAGAAAAUAACUAAACUGUUAAUUUUGAGCUGUGAAUAUAUAACUAUAAUGAUUACUGAUAAAUAAUUACAUUAUUAUUGACUCGUAUUAUCAUCAUCGAUAUAUGAAGUUUUGAUAAUUAUGAGAUUUUAUUUUUUCGAAUAGCCAGAUUGAAGUUGACCAAGCUUUGCACUUGUUACCAGAUCGUUGACUGUGGAAUUAAUUCUCGAAUUCUAGUAAUUCAGAUGUAUCCUCAGGCAGAUAAUGGGCACUCUAUAUCAAUAUUUGAGUAUCAUUCGGGCUUAGCAACAGUUCAAAGGCAUUUCAAAACUUGAUUAACUAACGAUCCACGUUAUACAAGUCUUUCUUAUGCAUUUGUUGCAUUUCCGCAAACGAAUUCAUUUAUACAAUACACAUGUAGGUGUACAUAUAUAUUUAUACAUAAUAAUCUAGAAGAAAGGAACAAAUUCGUUCGAAUGGCCUCUUAUUAAACACUAACUAUUCAGUUAUUCAUUUUCAAAUCUUAUUUGUAAAUAGAAUACACACACUCGUUUGGAAUUCUGCAACUAUUUUAAUUAUUAAACGACAGGGAAAUAAAAAAAAAAAAACAAUAAAAAAAAAUGGCCUAAUUUUUGUAAUUUUGGCGAUUUAAGCUGGAAUAAAACGUAUUACUGUACUAUUGGCAAAGCAGUAUACUUAUAUUACACGAUACGUUUACAUCAUUCAUAAUCUGCAGUAUAUUCGUGCUCACGGAUUAUAGGAAACGCAAAAUACCGUAGCAUUCUCAUCAAAUUUAACUCUUUGUGGUUUAUCUCAUUAGCGAAAAAAAUCACAAUAUUAAUAAUAUUAAAGAUAAUAAUAUUAACGAUAAUAAUAGUAAUAAUAAUAAUAAUAAUAAUAAUAAUCAUAGGUUUUGCUGUUGAAUAAGCUUCACUGAUUUUCCCUAUUUCUCAAAGAGUUUAUCUUCCAAAAUGACUAUUUAGUUCCUUUUGUUCGACAAAUGAAUUAGAAUACCUAAACAAUUGAUUACAUCGAGGGCUGAUUCGGAUAAAAAACUCUUGAUCAUCAGCGCAGUAAAUAAGCAUUCUAAAGACUGAGUACGAUAAACCGCUUUCAACGUAAUUAUUUAAUUACCCCUGCAGGAUUUCGGGAUAAAAGAUGUAUGUUUGCUGAUCGUAAUCCUUUCUCUAACACCCGAAAGAAAAAUCUUAGGUGACAAUUUUUUAGGGAAUAUAUAAAGUAAAUAAUUGAGGAUGCGAAUUCACUAUGUGACACCCUCAUAACACAAUUAUCCUAAGUACAAUGUCGAUACAUUGUUGUUUUUUUUUUAAAUGCAUGGUAAAAUUUUUAAUGAGAGCACUAUGAUAACUUUGACCAUUUUUCAAUGAAAAAUUGAGUAAUGAAGAAAAAUAAUAAUGAAAUAAAUUAGAAAUAUAUAAACUACACUCCAUAGUUUGUAUGAGAAAAGAAAAGAAUAGAAAAAUUGUACUAUGAAUAAUUUUUUUGACAAUUUACUCCGAACUUCGGAUAAUUAUUAUUAUUAUUAUUAAUAUUAUUAUUAUAUCAAUUUUCAUUAUGAUUGCUGUUAUUGCCAUUAUUAUUAAUAUCAUAAUCCUUAUUAUUAUUUUAAUUCAUUAUAUUAUCAUCAUCAUCAUCAUUGUUUCUAUUGUAGUUAAACGUACGAUCAUUAUUCAGAUAAAAUGCAAUUAUUGAUUAGUCACUGAACAUCUGGAACAUAGCAAAGUGCCUAUCUACGCUAACUCAAUUCAUAAAAAUAUAAGAUAAACACGAUGUACUGUUACAAACGCGUAUAAACCCCUGCCGCAACAAAUAGAAGAACUAUUCUAUGAAAAUAAAAUUGAAAGUAAACGUAAAUAAAAGAUUAAAGAAAGGAAUCUUUGAUAACCGACAAUACUAAACAAAUAAUAAAUAAAUAAGCCCUCCAAUUGUUCGAAUUGCAGAGCAAUUAUUUGAUCUGUUGUAUUAUGUUAUUUUGGCUCUUUGACGUUUUUCUUUGCUUAGAAUAGUAUAAUUAACAAAAACGAAUUAUGAAACAGAAAAUAUUGAGAGAAUCUGGAAUGGUAAUUGUAUUUAUAUCGUGACAAAUCUACGAUACAGUUGAACAUACUAGGAGAAUUGUCUGGAACAACUUGUAUGGAAACAUAACAACGUCAAUAAGCAAUGAUAACCAUGGAUCUAUACAAGUGACAAAAAAUCCUUUUAGAUUCGAUAUGAAAUCAUGUAACAGAGUCUUGCAUUUAUAGCAAAAAUUACUGUUUGGUGUUAUCGUUGUAUUAGGGUACUUUUUAGUUGUUGUUAUUAGAUUGAAAAUGAUAAUAAAUUAACAAGAAUAUUGGAUAGCUCUCA